GGUCUCCGGACAAUACACACGAUGUUGCAACCGGUUCAGAAUUCCAAGCGUUCCAUCUCGGACCUGGGAAGAAUGGAAGUGCAAUUGACCUAAGCGAAUUUAAAGUUAAUAUGCCAAAGUAUGCUGAGAGUGAUAAAAAGCAUAGGUUUAAUACGUUUAUCAGUGAUGUGAUAGGUCUGCGCCGAAAACUGUCGGACAUGCGACCGGCGGAGUGCAGAACUAUGACAUAUCCGGACAAUUUACCGCCAAUCAGCGUCGUCAUCAUAUUUCGCGACGAAUGGCCAAGCAUUGUUUUACGCACGGUUUACAGUGUAUUGGACAUGACGCCCGACACGCUUCUAAAAGAGAUCAUUAUCGUAGACGACGGCUCAAGUGACGCAGAGCUCAAAUUAAAAGUAACUAUUCACGCGAGAUCGUUAGAGAAAGUGACCCUGAUCACCAUCGACAAGCCGGGUGGUCUGAUGUUGGCGCGCCAGACGGGUAUAGAGGCGGUGACGGCGGAGUAUUUCGUCGUCAUGGACAGCCAUAUGGAAGUGGCGGAGGGCUGGGCGGAGCCGCUUAUACAUCGCCUCGUUCAGGUGCCCAAGGCACUCCUGUGUUCACACGUGGGUAGCAUUGACAAAGAAAACUUUAAAUUUAUACUGUCUUCCAACAAGCCAGAAAAGAAGGAGUUCGAGAACGUGUUCCCAUUCUUUCACCAAGUCACCAUGGAUCAAAUGUUCGUGCCAUAUAGCCACGAGUUUCGAUCCCGCCGUAACGGAAGCGUGGAACCGAUCCCGUUCGCGGUGCAGCAAGGGAUGAUGAUGGCGAUGCGCACGGACUACUUCCUUCAGCUUGGCGGGUUCGAUUCCGGCAUGCGCAUCUGGGGCAGCGAGCAGAUCGAGUUGUCCGUCAAGGUGUGGCUUUGUGGUGGCCGGGUAGAGAUGGUUCCUUGCUCCGCUGUGGCGCACAUGUUCAGGGUAACGCCUUGGGGCGGCCUAAAACUGGAGGACGACUACCUCUUGGCCAACAAAGCGCGCAUGGCCCGUGUCUGGAUUGAUCCGCCCUUCCUCGACCUCUUUGAAGACUACGUGCGCGAUAAGAAAUUCACGACUGGGGAUCUUACCAAGCGCAGAGCAAUACGCGAACGGAACAAAUGCCAACCGUAUCAGUAUUUCGUAGACGUCGUGAAGGCGUUUUCGGAGGUGUAUUUUCCAGUCGACGUUAAGCGGUUUGGACAUAUCUAUAACAAGGCCGUUGAUAAAUGCCUCGAUGUGUCCAAAGAAAAUAACGUUUUAAGUCUUAUACUGUAUAAAUGUCACCCGCAAGUUGCCAGCAACCAAUAUUUUACGCACACGUCGAACGGACAGAUACGUUCAGUCGAUUCGACGGCGGUAAGUGUCGUGAAGAGGGGAAAUGUAACGAUAGUGGACGUAACUCUGCGACCAGCAAACUGGGGUGAAAAGAAAACGCUCUGGGACUACAGGCCCGAAGGAACCAUUGUCAGUCACUUGAAUCAGCAGUGUUUGACAGCGACGCGGACCAACAAAGCCACCAUAGCGCCGUGUAGCGGCGCAGACACACAGUGUUGGGCUUGGGGCAGAACUUGACCCAUACCUUCCAGAUCCCGUGUUCAUGCACCUAGUAUUAUGUAUAUGCAUAAGGGGAGUACGAAUACAUGUAAAUCAGGAAAAAUUUCGAUCGCUAAUAUAUAACAAAAAGCUGAAUUUCAUUCGGUUUAGCAACACUUAUAUCAUGUUUUACAUUCAAUAUGUUAUUACAACACAGGUAUUAAACACGCAUAUAUUAUCUAAGCAGGUUUAUGGAGCCAAAGACUAUUCUUUAUUCUCAUGUUUUUAUGAAGUUGGUUAUCACCGGCAAUGUCGCCCAGCUUUCAACGUUAUCGUAUAUAACUGUAAACAACAUAAAAAAUGUACAGUUUUUAAUGUGUAUUUGCAAACAUCAUAUUCACGUAUCGGCCUAUAUAGGUCCUUGUUCAUAUAAAUGAAGCGUGCUUUAUAGAAGAGUUGUUAUCUUAUCUUCAUGUCUAUACAAAUUAUUAUUAUAUUUUCAAUACAAGAAAAUAAUAUAUCAUUCUACCGAUCCCGUAACAACACGUCGGGGUUCUAAUGUGUUUGAAUGAAAUCAUGUAUCCUAGCAUUUUUACAGCCAGUCCGACGGGUGUUUAUUGACCUAUAUCAACGAUAAUGCGAUGCAAUAAAAUGUUUAUAUGAGCCUUCUUCAGUCCGCACAGGCUAAUCAGG